AUUGCACAACUAUUUACAUUACAAUCCACCAUCUGACAAAUUUAAACUGAAAAUAUUCCUGAACUCAUCAUUCUCUGUUACCGAUACAAAAUAAUAAUAAUAACAGUUAUACUUUAAUUCAAUAAUUUCUGGUACAGUGGUCAAAGCACUGAAAUUCGAAAUAAGUCAAAGUCAUAUUUCACACCUAACAAUUGAAACAGGCUACUUAGUUUGUAUUUAAAAAUAAAUCAUUGGCUCUUCACUACAACUACUAGACAACAAUUAGCACAUUUCAAAUUGUAUAAAACGAAUAAGCAACAAAGUUGUGGGACAUGACAAUUAUCGGUACUUUGGAAAUGGCACGAGUGUACAAGAAGGACGUUUUGUCGGACUAAUGACAAUUUUGGCCUUGUGGUGAUACAGGUCACAAAUUGUUAUUAGGUUAGUAGAGCCUGGUGCCCAGGGUGAGAUAAAUUUGGGUGGGGUCUUUGAAAUUGACUGUUGCAGUGCUGGAGCUGUUACGCCAUCACCACACGCCCAAAAUGUACGACCCACAUGUUGGUAUCGGUCCUUAUGGGGAUCGUUCAAGCGCUACCACCACGGUGGCACCUACAACAAACCGUUUAGAAUACACGUCUGAUCGACAUCCCAGGGCCAUGCUGGAAAUGAUGAAUCUACUAAGGAUAGCACACGAGCUUUCAGAUGUUGUUUUGAAUGUUGGUUCUCGGGAACCAAUUUAUGCUCAUAGAGUGGUAUUAUCAGCUUGCAGUCCGUAUUUUAGAGCAAUGUUUACGGGAGAAUUAGCAGAGUCAAGACAGACAGAAAUUACCAUUAGAGACAUUGACGAACAUGCCAUGGGAUUGCUAAUUGAAUUUUGCUACACUUCAAAAAUUGUUAUCGAUGAAACUAAUGUCCAAACAUUAUUGCCAGCAGCUUGUCUUCUUCAACUUGAUGAAAUACAAGAAAAAUGCUGCGAGUUUUUAAAAAGACAAUUGGAUCCAAGCAAUUGUCUCGGCAUCAGAGCGUUCGCCGAUACUCAUUCCUGUCGUGAACUACUCCGAAUCGCAGACAUGUUUACCCAACACAAUUUCCAAGAAGUUAUGACCAGCGAGGAAUUUCUCUUGCUCCCAGUCGGACAAUUAUCCAGCAUAAUAAGUAACGACGAAUUAAAUGUUAGAUCUGAAGAACAAGUAUUCAGUGCUGUUAUGGCGUGGGUCAAGUUUAACGUAUCGGAACGGCGAAAUUAUUUAUCUCAAGUCCUUCAAAACGUCCGGAUGCCUCUACUUAACCCAAAAUUCCUUGUUGGGACUGUAUCAAGCGAUCUACUUAUCAAAAGCGAUGAGUCCUGUCGUGAUUUAGUUGACGAGGCGAAAAAUUACCUUCUUUUGCCGCAAGAACGACCAUUAAUGCAAGGUCCCCGAACCAAGCCAAGAAAACCAAUAAGACGUGGUGAGGUGUUGUUUGCAGUUGGUGGGUGGUGUAGUGGUGAUGCUAUUUCAAGUGUUGAACGAUAUGAUCCUCAGACUGGAGAAUGGCGAAUGGUUGCACCCAUGUCAAAGCGAAGAUGUGGGGUUGGAGUCGCUGUUUUGAACGAUCUCUUAUAUGCCGUUGGAGGCCACGAUGGGCAGUCAUACUUAAAUUCUAUUGAACGCUAUGAUUGUACAACGAAUCAGUGGUCCAGUGACGUCGCCCCAACAACAUCCUGUAGAACAAGUGUUGGUGUUGCUGUUUUGGACGGCUGUAUUUACGCCAUUGGAGGUCAAGACGGAAUCCAAUGUCUUAAUCAAGUCGAGCGUUAUGAUCCCAAGGAAAAUCGAUGGACAAAAGUUGCCCCCAUGAAUACAAGAAGGUUAGGCGUGGCCGUCGCUGUAUUAGGCGGAUAUAUAUAUGCCAUUGGUGGUUCUGAUGGAGUUUCUCCUCUAAAUACUGUUGAACGGUAUGAUCCGAGACAAAAUAAGUGGGUCGCUGUUGCUCCAAUGUCAACUCGAAGAAAACACCUGGGAAGCGCUGUUUAUAAUAAUCUGAUUUAUGCAGUCGGUGGUCGAGAUGAUUGUAUGGAAUUAAGUUCAGCAGAAAGAUAUAACCCAUUAACUAAUUCAUGGCAGCCACUAAUUGCGAUGAAUAGCAGAAGGAGUGGGGUUGGACUCGCUGUCGUAAAUGGAUUGAUUAUGGCGGUGGGAGGUUUCGAUGGAACCACGUAUUUAAAAACGGUAGAAGUUUAUGAUCCCGAGGUAAACACGUGGAGAAAUUGUGGAUCUAUGAACUAUAGGAGACUUGGAGGUGGAGUUGGUGUUAUGAAAAUUCCUGCAUCAGAAUCAUCAUAUUGGUAGUACCUAUAGGCAUAGUUUUAAUAGGUGACAAAUGUUUUAACUAUUUGCGAUGCAUAUUAUGGAAUGUAGUCAUUUUUAAGAUAUAAUUAAUACGUAGCCGUCAUGGUUCUUCUUUAUUUGACGCACGCAUAUAUUUGUGAUGAUGGUACGCUCUUGUUGGUCUAAAUUGAUUACCAUCAUCAUACUGAACAAAAGUGACCAAUCAGGGCCAACCAUGAUCAUAAAAUUAAGGAGUACGGAUCAAACGUAUAAUUAAAUAUAGUAUUAAAACCUUCCCACACGAAAUGUCAAAACAAGGGAAUUAAGUGUGAUUACGAUUUUGAUUUUUAAAGGCGAAAAGACCCUGUAACUAAUUUUAUUAUUAAAACCUAUUUUAGAAAAUAAAAUUCUUUUAUAUAAUGUGCAACAUGAA